AUGUAUAUCUUUCUCCUUCUCUCAUUAAUACUUUUACCAUUAGUUAAUGCUGAACAACCUCGGACAAAAUUUGACAACAACGACGAACUGAUCAUGCAUCGUUCAGGCGCGGUCAAUUACUUAUUUGGUUAUCCAAUGAGACCAUAUCAACAUCCAUUGGCAAACCCAACAAUGGAUCGAUCAUUCGGCAAUGGUGAUGAUCAACAACAGCAACAACGUGGUAAACGGAUCUAUUGGGAGAACCUUGCUUUUCAACCAGCCGAUUACAAUAAAGCCAAAAAUCCAAAAAGAUCGAAAUAA